AUGCAACCACUCGUGCUUCACCCACCGAGCCUCACCACUGCCCAGUUCGGACAGUCCCGGUUCAACUCGGGCCCAGAGCGGCUUCCGUUGAAUCGACCUUGGCCGUUCAAUGCUCGAGGGUGUAGCCCCCAGGCCACUCCUGCCCGUCAAUCUAUGUCUGGCUCUCCUCCUACAGAAGAGCCUGUGGUGACAUCCGAAGAUUCGACUUCGCGAGGAUAUCCAAAGGCUUCCUCGCCGGUAGUGACGUCCGCCGAGGAAGCCAGUGUCUCUCAUAUCCAUGGGCGGCCCCAGUUCCCUGCUCCCAUCACAGAAUCACUACCAGCACCUAUCCUGGCACGAUAUGGAGAACAGCCUACGCCGGUGUAUGCUGCUCCCCCACGACUUCCAGCAGCACCAGCUCCUUACCCAUUAUCAACCCUGGACCCUGGCUUGUCAGGCCCCGGCACACGAUCACUGGCACAGAAAACAACACGACGUACGAAAGCCCAUGUGGCCUCAGCUUGUGUUAAUUGUAAGAAGAAGCAUCUUGGAUGUGAUCCAGCACGUCCAUGUCGUAGGUGUGUUCUUGCUGGAAAGGCUUCUUCUUGUGUGGAUGUCACUCAUAAAAAGAGAGGACGGCCGCCAUUAAAGGCAGAAGACUCUUCCCUUCGAUCCUAUUCUUCCCAUCCAGAUCACUCGGCCAUGUCCGCUGAAUCCCAACCAUCUGUACCACCUCAUCGAUCUGCUUUGCACAGGCCGUCUUCCUCUCGCGAACUUCGACCUAUGACUGAUCUCCAAGCAAUAAGCUUACCUGGUUCGGCAACAACUAUGCGGCCAUCUCGGGGACCUCAGCAGCGAUGGUCUGCAUCUGUGUUCCCUCUUACUCGUCCAAUGGAUCCUACAUUAACGAUACCAAAUGCUGGAGGAAGACGGCCCUUCUCAUCAUCUGGUCCGCCAUCAUAUCCGCCACCAGCACAUGCACCACCUGCUUUCAUCCCUACGACAAGCGGUUUCAACCCGGUUUUGAAAACGGGAGCUACGCCUGCCAGCAUGGACAAAAGCUUUGCCUCAUACGCAAAUCCGGCUCUACCUCCACCGACCUCUCCCCAACACCAUCACCCACCGGGUGUUCCAUUUUUACCCUACGGUGCCUCUCCCAGUAGCUCGUCCAUUCACCACCACCUCCGAGUUGAUCCUCGGAUCCCACCAAGACUUAAUCGAGAGCCGUACCCUGAAUCCCCAGUCCGAUUACCCCCUAUACAUCAAGCGACAGCCAGUCCAGGGCCUCCAAUCCCACCUCCAGGACCCCCACCACCGGGUGUGCCUCAUCACGCCCAUCGACUCAGCGAUCCAUACCCCACAACUUGGUCAAUGGCCCGAGAUAACUUUUCACGCGAUCAUCGUACCCCAAUUUCACCCCAGAGAGGAGUGGGCUCCAUGUUCUCGCAUUCAUCGCACUCGCACCACCAACGCUCCUCCUCAUCCACAUCUGGACCCUUCAAUCCAGUCCCAAGACAUCUGGGUCCAAUCGAUCUCUCAAGUGCCGUGUCUCUAGGUCCCUCGCCACAAUUAACGCGAGCCGCGCCCCCAACAUCAGAACCCGAGACCCAUUCCCAGACCGAAUCAGAAUCCCGUCCUAUAAAACGCCGCAAAAUGGCCCUGGAUGACAUGGUGAACGGAUAA